UGCCCCUUGAUAGCAUGUGUAGGUAUUUGUAAUGGCCCGUCUCGCCGGCUUUUCUCUGGCUACUUCGUUUGGCUCGGUCACAUGGCGAGCGAGAGCCGGCUAUAACGACUCUGCGAGAAGUCCCACGUCUGAGAGCGCCUGAGCGUAAAAACUAGUAGUCGAAUGUUUUUGUUAGUCGCUGUCAGUUAUUGUGAUCGUUUAGAGGCGCACAAAUGUUAUUAAUCACUUUUGCAUGAAGUUGGCUUGCUCCACCGGUUACGUUACGUGUUUUGGACUCAAUUCGCGAAACUCGUUCCGUCUGUCGUGUCGUCGAGUUUUACUCCGGUUAGUCGCGAGUUCAAAGUUUGCGCGCGUAUAUUAGCCGUCUCUGUCUCCCAUCGGAAGACAGAUUCUGGCGCGCGGUCAUCAACAACUUUGUUCCCAGUGGAUUAUAUGGUUGCUAUGGUUGAGAAUAAUCCACAGCGGUGGACAAUGAAGCCCUUAUGAUUGCUGCGGUUUGUCUCUUGAACUGUUAUUGUUCGCACUCGAGUGUGAAUGUGAUGUGUGACAUGGUCUCUCGUGGGCUCAUUUGUUGAAUUUACGAGCACAUUUCCCCCUUCGGAGCAAUUGGUGAUGAUUUGAGUUGAUAGCAUUCAUUGUCAUCAACGGAUAGCAGUUUAUGGGCGCAUUCAUAUCGUUUCUACCGUGGCAGUGUUCGCUUUCGAAUAUCAGACGGCUGUGGAAAAUAGUAACGACGGAUAGUUAUGAAUGAAUUAAGUAUAAGUUAUUACCGUUCACAAUCAGGCUGCAGUAUAACACGAAAAAUAAGGCAGCGAAAAUUGCUCAGUGGAAAAAAUCUUGACAACAUAAAAUAAUGGAUUAAUUUACAUAACUUCAACUAAAUGUGGAUUUAUUGCGUCUAAAUGGAUAUAAAUCUAGCUCAGGGGAUUAUAAUUCAGUGAUUUAUGUAGUUUUUAUUCUGUGUUUCGCUUUGUUUUCGGAGCUACCUCACUCUUACACUCGCGCUGGAUACCGACCUGAAUACAAUGAGAAAAAAACCCGACAUCCAGUGGAAAAUAUUGCUCUCCGCAGUGUGAAUAAAAUUAUGGCCGUGAUUACUGCUACGGAUAAAUUUAUGUAUUUUUCCUCGGGCCAGAGAGCACAGUGAUUUCAUGUUUUUGUUUCUCUCGUUGCAUAUCAUAUAACGUUGCGUGUGAUCAUUUUGGGCCGUCAAUUCAUUGCGCGCCCUAGGAGAUACGUCCAGCCGUAAUUGAUGUGGGUACGCGUCAUGAAGUACGUGAUAAUAAAUAGCAAAGUGAAAGUAAAAGUGACAAAUAAACAACAGAAGAACAGCAAAUCAUUGUUAUUGCAGUGUGAUUUAUGAAAAUUACUUCGACUGUUUGUGUGGUGUAAAAUGUUUACACUUUGAGCUUGAUAAGCGGAUUAAUUAUAAUUUCUUGUCAAACAACUGCCUUGACAAGGCAAGCAUACGACCGAGUGAUUUCAAGCCGUUUCCUAAGGAAAAAUCUGUGUAACAACAGAUUGCAGUUACCAAAUAGGCAAACGAAGGAAACUAUUCUGGCGCCACGUAGCGCCACCCGAAGCUGUCGUUGAUAGCUAAGCCGAUUGGAAGGCACAUCAGCAGGAGUGACACGAAGUAACAACCGCCAUAAUGUUGACAUCCAGCAAUCAAUACAUACGACCGGAAUACUUAUCCCCUCUUCCCACUACGUUCGAUUCCAAGUCCAGCCCUUUGGCUCUGUUGGCACAAACAUGCAGCGCGAUAGGAUCAGAUUCGCCGAACCCGAAACUUCUAGCAAAUAUAGAAAAAAGUACAAAAAGCAAUCGUGACAAGCUAUCACCCGGCACGCUGUCAAGUGGUUCUUCAAACGAUACUCCAAAGUCGAGUUUCAAGCCAUAUGAACCGUCUGCAAUUACCCGAGAGCAAACGAGGUCUCCGGACGACAAUCGUAAUGUCAGUGCAAGACACAAAUCCCCAAAGCGAUCCAUCAAUCCUCCCAACCAUCAACCCCAGAAUGGGCGCUGUGAAUCCAACCAAAGUGCUGCUUCUUCUCGAGCUUCUCCUUCAAACCACAACCGAAGAACUCCCGGUGGUUCACAACUCCAGCAGGAACGUACCAACAGCCCAAAUCGUGCCUCAGCCAAAGAUUCUCCGAAUACUUUACCGAAUAGUUCUGCAGAACCAAUAACAUCCAAAGGCCCUAUGGAGACUACAAGCAAGGAUCUUAGCAAUAGUAGCGAAAGCUCUGUUAGAGCAUCCUCUUCGGCUCCAUCUUCUACGACGGUUGGUCCCCCAUACUACUCCAGUUAUGGUAGCUACCCUAUGGAUCUUAUGACAGCUAGUGCGCUAAUGUCCCCGCACCAUCAAAUGCUCAAAGCAGCUGCCAUGAAUCCAUACUUUAAUUACGCGAAGCUUAAAAUUCCUGGAGCUGUCGACUCAAUGAUUCCGGUGUGUCGUGAUCCCUAUUGUACCGGAUGUGCCUUAAGCUCUCAUAUGCUAGGAAAACUUGGUUCGUCCGGUUGUCCAGCGGGUUGUACUCAAUGUGAUCAUCCUGGAAGCAAAUCUUACUCUCAGGCUGCUGCAGCCGCAUCUCUAGCUGCUAGUCAAUCGUCAGCUGCCAUGUACGCCCAUGCUCAACUAGCGGCACUUGCGGCGGCCUCACAACUGCCCUACGUAUGCAACUGGAUAGGUAGCGAUUCAUCAUACUGCGGUAAACGAUUUGCCGCAUCAGAAGAACUGUUUCAACACCUCAGAACUCAACAUGCCGCAGGAGUAUCAAUGUCGGAAGCAUUGCUCAACCCGGCAACAGCCGCGGCAGCUGCAGCAGGCCUCCCACCGACUCAUCCUCUGUUCCAAAGAACGUAUCCCACCCCUCCGCUCAGUCCCAUGUCUACUGCCCGCUACCACCCUUACGGCAAGCCACCUCUACUUCCUCCUGCGAUGUCUCCAGCAUCUCUUGCUGGUAUUCCAAUGCCUCCACAUCCUUCCCUAGCGCAGUAUUUUCCACCAUACUCUUUCUAUGGGGCGCGACUAAACGGGUCUAAUAAUAUGCAUCCUUGAAUGGGUGUGUAUAUCAAUACAGUUUUGUUCAUUUUGUAAAUAGUUUAUCGUUUUAUUUGAUGAAAUGUUAGUUGUCAAUCGAAGUUUUAAUGUCCUAAAAUGGUACUUUGUCAAACUCUAGGCACUCUUUUGCAAUAUUUCAGAGAAUGGAAAAAUAAAAUAUUUUCUUGGAAAA